AUGGCUUACAUGAAAAAAGAGGACUAUCAAGCCGCGGACAGAUGUGUUGACAAAGCUUUGGCCCGGCGCGAGGCGUUGCCUUCACAUCUCAUCACCAAGGCUUUGUAUCGAAAAGCCAGCGCUCAGCGUUCUAUGAGAAGGCUUGAUGACUGCCUGGCAACGCUAAAAGACUUGCUCGAGGUAGAACCGAGCCAUGCGGCUGCAAAACAAAUGCAGCAGGAGGUUGGGCGUGAGUGGAACAAGCAAUGCAGGGAUCAGAAGAAAAACUUCAGGAAGAUUUUCGAUAAACUAUCUGGAGAAGAUAGAGAAGCUGAGGAGCUGGAACGAAAGGAAAGAGGAGCCCUCCGAGAGAGGUGUGCUGUGCGAUGGACAGAAGGUGACAUCGAUUCAGAAGCCUUUGUGUUGGGGAGUACUCCAGCAUGCAGUGGAAAGGAUUGGGGCCUUGCCCUGAGCAGAACAGUGGUUUGGGCAGUGGAGCAGCUUGCCUUGGAGGGGCAUGAUUGCCUUUCAAAAGAUCUCAGUCGGGCAGCAAUUUGGUUUAUUGGCGCGUCUUCAACGUGUGAGCUGAGAUGGUUGAGACCUGCUGAACUUUUGAAGCGAUUACCCACGGUGCAAAGCCUGGAGCUCGAGUUGGUUGGCUUUCUUGGGGAGAUCGACCCGGACAACUCUCGCGUGCCUGAUCCGAAAGUGAAUGAUCUGCCCGAGGCAAUUGUCGAGACUCAGCUUGAAAAAAGGCAAGCAUUGUUGAGAGCAACAAAGGGAACGCUUGAUGAAGCCCUGGAACAGGGACUUGUUUUCAAGGAUGAAACCACAGAGGUGUUGCCUCAAGUAUGCUUCAUAGCACAUCCUCAAUUGCACCGCUAUUUCACCGAGUUUCAUCCUGCGAUCAACUGGUUAAUCAAGCCUGACCCUUUCUUUCCGGUGCGACCAUUGCACCAGCAUGAAAACGUCGUUCCAAGCACGCACGCCGAGGAAAUCUGUGCCAACUGUGAUUAUUGGGGCAUCAGAGCCAGAUCCAUCCUGGAAACAGGAUGA